ACAGAUUGUUUUGCUAGUUUGAGUUUAAUCUUAUAUUGAACAAGAUGAAAUUUUUGUUGUGCGGUACGGUUUUGUUAGCUUUCUUUGCUAUAACUAUUUACGGUCAAGCAUACAUAGGAACUUUUGCUGAUCCAAAAUAUCCUGGUAAAUGUGUAAUAGAGGGUUAUAUAUUGUCACCUGGGCAAAAAUUUCAGCCAAAAGGCACUUGUCAGCAAUUGGAAUGUAUUAAUGCAGAUGGCCGUGGAGGAAGUACGGGUUGUGGUCUAAUAGGUGCACCACCGAAUUGUCGGUUAGCUGAUUUUGAUUUCAGCAAACCACAUCCUAGAUGCUGCCACAGAGAAUUAAUAUGUGAUUGAUUUAUAAUAGAUUUGAUAUGUAAUGUAAAUGCAGUAGUAUUUGCAAGUUAUAUUAUAAAAAAAAACAGACUUUAUAUUUAAUAACUUUUAAU